AUGGCAUCUACUUAUCCUGCACACCUCCAUCAUGCCGCAACCGGUUCUGCAAAGAAGCUGGCGGAUGAGCAUUCAGGGGAACAGCCGUUAAAGCUUUAUGCUGGAUGGUUCUUCCAGCGAACAUGGAUAGUCCUUGAGGAGAAAAAAAUCCCGUACCAGUACAUCGAAGUCAAUCCAUACGACAAACCGGCUUCGCUCUUAUCCCUCAACCCGCGAGGCCUGGUCCCUACGCUACACUGCCCGCAACCAGGUGGGCAGGCUGCCAAACCUCUCUACGAAUCAAACAUUAUCAACGAGUACCUCGACGAUGCUUAUCCAGACCAUACCCCACGGUUUUUACCCUCAGAUCCAUAUGAACGGGCUAGAGCGAAAAUCUGGAUUGAUUUUGCCUCGUCAAAAAUCGUGCCUGGCUUCCAUCGUUUUUUGCGAUGCCAAGACGAAGAGGGAAUUAGUAAAGCUCGUGCGGAGUUCCUGGGUUAUUUGAAAGAAUUCACACUCGCGAUGGAUGACGAAGGACCGUAUUUCUUGGGUAAGGGAUUCAUGAUGCCUGAUGUGGUGCUUGCUCCAUGGGCGAUGAGAUUAUGGUCUUUCGAACAGUUCAAAGGCGGGUUGGGAAUCCCAGACCCUGGUCAGGGAGGUCCCGACGAGGAGGUCUGGCAAAGAUGGAGGAGGUGGUUGGCUGCGGUGACGGGUAGAAGAUCCGUGCAGGAUGUCAUGAGUGACAGGGAGCACUACCUACCGAUUUACAAACGGUUUGCGGAUAAUCUUGCGUAG